UGUUCGUGCGCUUUGGGUUUCUGCACUGGUGUGUGUGAGAGAGAGAGAGUGGAGAAUGAUAGCGUGCAGGUCUGUGUUUCUGAAAUUCACCAACACGUAUGUUGCUGCUGCUGCUACUGCUACUGCAUCACAUCGUAUCUUUCAGGGAAAGUGCAGUUAUCAUAGUUUGAGGUGUAAUUACAUGAUGCGUGGUAGAAAUAGAAAGAAGAGAAUAUGCAUUGAUGAUAAGAACUCCAAUAACAAACCCAAAACCAUGCUCUGGAGACCAGUUUCCACUACUGCCACUUCUUCUUCUCUAGAAAGUUUGGCUAUGAAGGAUUUAACGGUUGAGUCAGAAGAUGGAGGGCAAGUUCGAGCCACUAUUUCAACUGAUCAUACCAUCAACGAAGCUGUUGUAGUUACUGAUGAAACUACUGAAUCGGCUACCUUUUUUUCCAAUGAUGAACAGAGAGUAAUAGAAGGGGAAUCGUCUAGUUCCAUUGAGAAGCAUUCAGUUUCUGUUGAGGUUGGCACUUCGCUAUUUCGAUUUAUUAAAGGAAAAGGGGGAUCCACACAACAGAAGAUAGAAGAGGAAUUGGGGGUUAAGAUAAUAAUACCUACUUCAAAAGAAGAUGAUUUUGUUACCAUUGAGGGUAUUUCUGUUGAUAGUGUGAAUUCAGCUGCAGAGAAGAUACAGGCUAUAAUUGAUGAGUCAGUUAAUAGUCGAAAUCUUGAUUAUUCACACUUCAUAUCACUUCCAUUGGCCAUCCAUCCUGAGUUAGUUGAUAAACUCAUCAAUUUCCAAAACUCUAUAUUGGGAAAUGAAGAUGCUAGCACGAAUGAGGAUGAGGAUACUACUGAAAAUACAGAAGUAGAUCAAUUGUCAAAAGAAAAUGUUGAUGUUGCAGUUGAACUUAAAGUCGAAGAUGGUAGUGCAGCAGUUAAAGUUAAUCUUACUAACAUACCACUUGUCAGUUAUGCACCUAAAGCAUCCAAGUCUUCCAAGUCUUCCACUUCCUCUGAUUUGGGGAUUGACAAAUCUAUAUUCAUAAAGCCUAAAACCUUUCACCUUACUGUGCUCAUGCUUAAGCUCUGGAACAAAGACAGAGUUAAGAGAGCCACAGAAGUCUUGCAGAGUAUCUCCUCAAAAAUUAUGGAUGCUUUGGAUAAUCGGCCUCUUUCUAUAAGACUAAAAGGAUUGGAUUGCAUGAAAGGUUCUUUGGCAAAAGCCCGUGUUUUGUAUGCUCCUGUGGAAGAAAUCGGCAGUGAGGGCCGUCUUUUGCGUGCAUGUCAAGUCAUAAUUGAUGCAUAUACUGAAGCUGGACUUGUCUUAGAGAAUGAUGCUAAGCAAAGCCUCAAGUUGCACGCCACUGUGAUGAAUGCAAGGCACAGGAAAAGGAAGACAUGGACAAGAAAGGCUGAUUCUUUUGAUGCUCGUGGCAUAUUCAAGCGGUAUGGAUCAGAGGAAUGGGGGGAGUAUCUAAUUCGUGAAGCUCAUCUUUCGCAGAGAUUUUCCUUUGACGAAACUGGAUAUUACCAUUGCUGUACUUCAAUAACUUUUCCUGAAGAAAUGCAGGUAGAAUGAUCGAUGUCAUAAAAUUUCUGCCUGGCUCUCCCAUGUGUAAUGAGGAAUCAGGAUUUGGAUAAAUUUUCUGGUUAAUGUUUCUACUUGCAAAUAAAUAAGUCAACUUGCUAA